GUACUAGUUGCCUACCUACAUACCAUAGUUUAAUAACCUUAAAUUUAUAGGACAACUUGUUUUUUCGACUAAUUAAGAAAAACUUAUGAAAGGAAUAUACUUACAGGUGCUAGUUGUUAUUAAGGGAAUGCAUUAAGAACUAAUUAAAAUAGAGCCCAAAUAGAAAAACAGUACAAUGACUUCCAAUAAUAAAAGAACAGUGUACGUUGGAGGUCUUGCUGAAGAAGUCGAUGAAAAAGUAUUAAAUGCAGCAUUUAUACCAUUUGGGGACAUAGCAGACAUUCAAAUUCCUCUAGAUUACGAAACUGAAAAACAUCGAGGAUUUGCUUUUAUUGAAUUUGAAGCUGCAGAAGAUGCCGCUGCUGCAAUUGAUAAUAUGAAUGAUUCAGAAUUAUUCGGGAGAACUAUUCGUGUAAACUUAGCAAAACCUCAACGUAUAAAAGAAGGCUCAACAAGACCUGUUUGGGCAGAUGAUACAUGGUUACAACAACACGCUGGUGAAACUUUGAAAAAUGUGGUGAAUGAUAAAGAUAGCAGUAAAAAAGCAGAUGAAGUGGAUGAAAAUAACGAAAAAGAAGCGCCUAUGAAAGUAAAAAAUCCACAAGUUUACUUUGAUAUAAAAGUUGGAAAAACAGAAGUGGGAAGAAUAACGAUGAUGCUUAGAGCAGAUGUGGUACCAAAAACUGCUGAAAAUUUUCGUUGUUUAUGUACACAUGAAAAAGGAUAUGGUUAUCAAGGAAGUAUCUUUCAUAGGAUAAUUCCUGACUUUAUGUGCCAAGGAGGAGAUUUUACUCACCAUAAUGGUACAGGAGGCAAAUCAAUCUAUGGGCGAAAGUUUGAAGAUGAAAACUUUACAUUAAAGCAUACGGGUCCAGGUAUCCUUUCCAUGGCUAAUUCUGGGCCUAACACAAAUGGUUCGCAGUUCUUCAUUUGCACAGCAAAAACAAGUUGGCUUGAUAACAAACACGUUGUUUUUGGACAUGUUAUAGGCGGUAUGGAUGUCGUAAAAAGAGCCGAACGAUGUGGAACAAAAUCAGGAACUCCUACAGAAAAAGUUACUAUUUCAGCUUGUGGAGAGCUUCAGUGAUUUGUUAUUUAUGAUCUACUUUAAUUUUUGUAUAUAAUAAACUCGAACAACCGUCAUUCUUUUAUAUAAUAUAA